AUGGACCGAGUCAGCGAGCGCGUGGAGCGUGGCCAUUACAUACCUGUGGAGAAUCAGACCGAGAGCUCAACGUCGAGAGUCACCGUCGAGGGCAGGAAACUCACCUACCGCAUGUCCGUGCUGCAACAACCUGUUCGCGCCCGAGCAUGCGGUCAAGGUGCAAAGUGCAAGUCGCCAUCCGCCGAUCGCCGCCCCGUCGACCCACCGCCGAUUGUUGAGCUGAAGAUAUUCGAGGGCGAGGACCAAGAGAACGACAUUACCUUCACAAUGCACGCCAACUACUUCCUUUUCGCGACUUUGGAGCAGGCUCGACCGAUCGCCAACGGACGCGUGAGCAAUGAGCGAAGCACACCCGUGCUGACCGGCACACCAGUUGCUGGCAUGGUCUAUCUGGAUAGGCCCACACCUGCCGGCUACUUUAUCUUCCCAGAUCUGUCCGUCCGCCACGAGGGUGUCUACCGGUUGAGUUUCUCGCUGUACGAGGAUUGCAAGAGCCCCAAGGAUGAGGACAAAACCGAGGAGGGUGCCAAGUCGGAGUCCGAUGCCCAUGUCACACAUCGUUUGGAAGUGAAGUCGGAGCCCUUCAACGUGUUCAGCGCGAAGAAAUUCCCAGGAUUGACCGAGAGCACGUCCUUGAGCCGGAUGGUCGCUGAGCAAGGUUGUCGUGUUCGUAUCCGACGUGAUGUGCGUAUGCGCAAGCGGGAGACCAAGCCUGGCGGCAGAGAAUGGGACAACUACGAGGACGAGACGGCACAAGCCCGUGCA